AUGGGAACUAUAUGUGAAGCUGAAGAAAAAGUAAAGACAACUGAUACAGAAAUUAAAGUUGAAAAAGAUUUCAUAGAGUGUUUUGUUUUUCAAGGAUCAGUUGAUAGUGAAAGCCAAGAAUCAGAAUUCAUUCCUCGUUCGAGUCCUCAUAAAAAAACUAAAAUUACAUCAAGAGCAAAAGUACACAAGAAAACACAAAGUCGAGAAAAACCACAUAAAUGUGAUUUUUGCGAACAAAGAUUUUCGUACCCAUCUCAUUUAAAAAGUCAUACUAUGAAACACACCGGAGAACGACCAUUUGAGUGUGAUACCUGUGGUAAACGGUAUGUUCGAAACUGCCAUUUAAAACGCCACAUGAAUACACAUACACGCAAAAGUACUUAUAAAUGCGACAUUUGUUCCAAAAAGUUUUGUUAUAAGAAUUCAAUGGUUAAUCAUAUGAAAAUGCACACUGGAGAUUGGACAUAUGAAUGUGCUAUCUGUGUUGCAAUUAUUUUCCGCGAAUUUGUUGCACAAGUAUUGGGUAAACAAAUUACGGAAGUUGAUGCUGAUGAUUUUAUCUGGUAUUCGCUUACACUUAGAAAAACGAUUGCUUGUAAUGGUACCAGAGAUACGGUAAAAUGUAUAAUGUAUAUUUUAACUGGAAAACAUGCUAAAACACAGGACGUUGGGGAUUUAGUCACAAAAUGGAUCACUAGAGUAUUACCGUUAACCAGAUUCUUGAAAAAAAAUUCACGUUAUCACCUAAUGAAUCAUUUCCAUAUAAUAUUCAAAGAAAUGGGUGGAAGACAAGAACAAGCAACUCUGUAUUUGAUCCUCACGAAGGAACAUUUUGUAAAGCAACCUGAUACAGUGCAAAUGGAGUUAAAAGAAACUAGCGAUUCAACUUCUGAUGAAUCGGAAGAAUGUGAAUCCCGUAGUGUAACAGAUACAGUUGUAAAGCAACCUGAUACAGUGCAAAUGGAGAUAAAAGAAACUAGCGAUUCAACUUCUGAUGAAUCAGAAGAAUUUGAAAUCUGUAGUGUAACAGAUACAGAAAUGUGUCCGUACCCACAGUAUCCGUGUACUGAAUGUAGUAAAUCAUUUAAAUAUUUUUCUUGGCUUCAAAAGCACCGUAAGACACACAACAACCUCAAAGUUGAAUGCACCAAUUUGCCACAAACAAUUAUCAUCCACAGAAUCUGUCAAACGCCACAUGUCUUUACAUGA